GGAACUCAGGGAUGGAGGCAGAAAUGACGAAGCAGCUCGUGUGCAAGUAGAUGGUGAUCAGGCAGUCUCUUGUCCAGGGGGGACAUUUGCAUAGAUCUGGGGGCUGACACUGCAGGCAGGAAAUCCCUGAAGAGCCGGCUUAGCAAUGGAGGGGUCGAGGGACAGGAAGGACUUCUGUGAGUGGAACGGGCCAGGGCUGGAGCUUGCAAUGGUGAAAGACCAAAGAAACCCAUUCCUCUUCAGGAUCAGACGGUCAGAGAUGAGAAAGGGCGGUAUAAACGGUUUCAUGGAGCCUUCAGUGGAGGUUUCUCUGCGGGAUACUUCAAUACUGUUGGCUCGAAAGAAGGAUGGACACCCUCUACCUUUGUGUCUUCACGACAGAACAGAGCAGACAAGUCUGUUCUUGGUCCUGAGGAUUUUAUGGACGAAGAGGAUCUUAGUGAAUUUGGGAUAGCACCUAAAGCAAUUGUUACCACAGAUGAUUUUGCUUCCAAAACCAAAGACAGACUUCAGGAAAAGGCCAGGCAGCUGGCAGCUGCUGCAGCCCCUAUUCCUGGAGCCAUGCUGCUUGAUGACCUCAUCACACCGGCAAAAUUAUCUGUUGGCUUUGAAUUGCUAAGAAAAAUGGGUUGGAAGGAAGGACAAGGAGUGGGUCCACGAGUGAAGAGAAGGCCACGCCGACAGAAACCAGAUCCUGGAGUUAAGAUCUAUGGCUGUGCGUUGCCGCCUAGAGGCUCGGAAGGAUCUGAGGAUGAAGAUGAUGACUACUUACCUGAUAAUGUGACCUUUGCCCCUAAAGAUGUCACACCUGUGGAUUUUACACCUAAAGAUAAUGUACAUGGGCUAGCCUACAAGGGCCUGGAUCCCCACCAAGCACUGUUUGGAACUCCGGGAGAACACUUGAAUUUUUUGGGUGGAGGAUCUGAGGGGGCCAGCAAUCUUCUUGGAAAUGUUGGACUGAGUAAAGGAAGAAAACUGGGCAUUUCAGGCCAGGCUUUUGGUGUGGGUGCCCUGGAAGAGGAAGAUGAUGACAUCUAUGCCACAGAAACUCUGUCCAAGUAUGAUACUGUGUUGAAGGAUGAGGAACCUGGAGAUGGACUUUAUGGCUGGACAGCACCCAGGCAGUACAGAAAUCAGAAAGAACCAGAGCGAGAUCUUCGAUACAUUGGCAAAAUUUUGGAUGGAUUUUCCUUGGCUUCUAAACCUUUAUCUUCAAAGAAACUUUAUCCGCCCCCUCAGUUGCCGAGAGACUAUCGACCGGUGCAUUAUUUCAGACCUGUGGUCCCUGCAACCUCCGAGAACUCUCACUUACUUCAGGUGUUAUCAGAGUCAUCUGGAAAGGCAGGGCAAGACCCAGGGACAUAUAGUAGGCACCAACUGAAUGCCUCCAAGCGGGGGCAGUUGCUAGGAGAGACGCCUAUUCAAGGUUCAGCUACUUCAGUGUUAGAGUUUCUGUCCCAAAAAGAUAGAGAAAGAAUCAAAGAAAUGAAGCAGGUCAGUGACUUGAAGGCAGCUCAAGCAAAGGCCAGGAGUCUGGCCCAGAAUGCUGCAAGCAGCAGACUGCAGUCCUCCACGCCGGACCUCGGACACUGCUCACAGCAUCCCACGUUGGGCAGCUGGUCAGCCGCCACUAGAGCCAGCAACUUUAAGCCUUUUGCUAAAGACCCAGAAAAGCAAAGACGAUACGAAGAGUUCCUGGCUCACAUGAAGGAGGGUCAGAAAGAUGCACUGGAACGAUGCCUGGAUCCCAGUAUGACCGAGUGGGAGCGAGGCCGUGAGCGGGAAGAGUUUGCCCGGGCAGCCCAGCUCUACGUGUCUUCCCAUGUCACCUUGUCCUCCAGGUUCACUCACGCCAAGGAAGAGGACGAUUCAGAUCAAGUGGAAGUUCCUCGAGACCAAGAGAAUGACAUCAAUGACAAGCAGUCAGCUGUGAAGAUGAAGAUGUUUGGGAAACUCACCCGAGACACAUUUGAGUGGCACCCUGACAAGCUUCUGUGUAAGAGGUUUAAUGUCCCCGACCCUUAUCCAGGCUCAACUUUAGUUGGCUUACCGCGAGUGAAGCGCGACAAAUACUCAGUCUUCAACUUCCUGACACUCCCAGAGCCGACCUCUCUGCCUACAAAGCCGGUAUCAAGUGAGAAAGGACAGCAGCAGCAUGGCUCUGACAAAUCCAGGAAACUGUCAAGAUGGGACACAUCCAAACUAGAGAGGAAAGAAGAUUCCAUUAGUGAAUUUUUAAGUCUGGCUAGAUCAAAAGUUGGUCCUCCAAAGCAAGAAUCCAGUCCCUUAGUAAACAAAGAGGAGGAACGGGUCCCAGAAUCGCUCUCAGACAAGACUGUGGACAAAGGUGCAGCUUCACAGCCUGAGGGAGAGGGUAGCCGGCCAUCCAUGGAUUUAUUCAAGGCCAUCUUUGCCAGCUCCUCUGAUGGAAAGUCCUCAUCCUCAGAGGAGGAGCAGGACGACAGCGAGAAUGAUCAGGAGGGUACCGAGGAGGCCAACUUCCAAAGUUCCCAAGAGGUGGCCAUGGUGGAAAGCGCUGUAACCCACACUGCUGAGCCAGUGCCUUGUGAGCCCGCAGCUCCCUUCCCAAUUCAGAAGAUACAGAUCGAUGAACGAGAAGAGUUUGGCCCAAGGCUGCCUCCCGUCUUCUGCCCCAAUACUCGUCAGAAACUCGAGACACCUCAGAGAGAGAAACAUAAAAAGAACAAAGAAAAACACAAGAUGAAGAAAGAACACAGACGAAAGAGAGAGAAAAAAAAGAAACACAAGAAACACAAACACAAAAGUAAGCAAAAGAAUAAGAAACCAGAAAAAAGUAGUUCUGAGAGUAGUGACAGCAGUGACAGCCGGAGUGACGAAGAAGAGACAGCCGACCUGUCACCCCGGGAACUGCUGAGACGACUGAAAUGUUUCCCGCUAAGGAAGCAGUAAUUGAAUCCUGCCCUGGCCUCUCAGUAGUGAAUGUCCUCCGUGAUGGAAGUCCAUUGAUUGCCCAGUUCAGACAUUGUACAAAUUGUAUUUAUAUGUAAAUUCCUGCUGUAAAAUGAUUUUUAAAACCUUGACAUUUCAAAGACUGCCCUGAAAGGUUUCAGAAAUUGAUUUCUAUUUUUGACUUCAGUCAGUUCAUGGGGGGGCUGAACAGUUUAAUUAAAGUGGCAUUUUUCUAUG